AUGGGCCGCCGCCGCGUCGCGACGCUCGGUUCUGCUUCAAAACGUGAGCUUGCUCUGUCCCUCUGGCGCGGGUAUCCCGACAAUGGCCGCUGCGCGAACGCCUACAAUGAGCUGGCUAGGUACUAUGCCGACCGCAAGUACCCCGACGUCCCCAAACCGCCCGUCCUCCCGACCUCCGAGAUCCAGAGCUCCGAACGUGCCCCUGCGCCCGCCGAGGAAACUAUCGAGAAAAAGGUCGGUAUCCAUGAGGUUCCUCUGACACCUCCUCCUGUGCCCGAGGAUAUUAUCCGAAAGGCUGCCGCGGCUGCCUCCGCUGCCUCUCAAGUUGCUGGCAGUGCUAGCAAGUCGACUCCCCCGCCUCCUCCGCCUCCUCCGCCUCCUCCGCCUCCCAAGAAGAAGGGCUUCAUGGCCCGUCUCCGCCGCUUUGUCACCUCCCUCAUACUUCUCGGCGUCAUUGGCUUCGCGGGCGGUGUUUGGUACUCGCGCAUCAACGACACCUUCCACGACAUUUUCACCGAGUUUGUGCCCUUUGGUGAGCAGGCCGUCCUGUACCUCGAGGAGCUCGAGUUCCAGAAGAAAUUCCCCAAUGCCCGCCGUAACGACUCUGAGCGCCCUGCUUCGAGUUCCGGCGAGCAUGUGCGCAUCCCAGCCCAGAGUGGUGCAUCAUGGAGGGUUGCCGACAGCGGCGAGCCGGUCGGCCGGCAAUCAUCUUCUGCUUCUUCCUCGCGCAAGAAGCCGGCCGCGAAGUCUGAUGAAGUUCCCAAGAAAGAGGCUGCACCUGCGGAGAUUAAACCUGCGGAAGCCAAACCUGUCGAGGCUAAAUCUGCUCCUGUAGCUAGCAAAGAGUCUAAGGACUUCAAGGCUCCCGAGGUCAACGAACCCUCUCGCUUCCCGCCCCUGGAACCCAUCGAUUUAAUGGGCCUUCCCGACGCCAAGGAGCCCAUCAUCCAAGAUCUCGUCCGCAUGCUCAACGACCUCAUCCUUGUCAUCAAUGCCGACAAUGCCCAUGGCAAAUACUCCACUACCAUUGCCAAGGCUAAGCGUGAAGUCGGCGAGGUCGGCGAAAAGCUCAAGGCCCUCAAGACUAGUGUCGAGAAGAAGGCUGCUGGCGAGGUCAAGUCUACGAUCGCUGAGUUUGACAAGGCCGCCACCGAGCUCGUGAAGAGAGUCGAGAACACCAUGGUCCAGCAAGAGGACUCAUGGCGCAAGGAGUUUGACGAGGAAAUGACCAAGGUUCGCGACACAUACGAUCAACGCGCCCAGCUCUUGCUCGAACGCGAGCAGAAGCUGAACGAGGAGAAGCUUCAGACCAAACUUUUGGAGCAGGCUGUAGCUUUGAAGAAGGAGUUUGUUAAGGAGGUCCAGAACCGUGUCGAGACCGAGCGUGAAGGCCGCCUCAGCAAGCUGAACGAGCUCACAGCCGCUGUGGCUGACCUUGAGAAGCUGACCGUUGGCUGGAACAGCGUUCUUGAUACUAACCUGAAGACUCAGCAGCUCCACGUUGCUGUUGAGGCCGUCCGUGCUAGCCUUGAGGGUGCUACGCACCCCAAGCCUUUCAUCAAGGAGCUCGUCGCUCUCAAGGAGAUUGCUGCCAACGACGAUGUCGUUGACGCCGCCAUCUCGUCUAUCAACCCCUCUGCUUACCAGAAGGGUAUUUCCUCCCCCUCAUAUCUUAUUGACCGCUUCCGCCGCGUAGCGAGCGAGGUCCGCAAGGCUUCCCUGCUACCCGAUGAUGCCGGUGUUGCGAGCCACGCUUCCAGCUGGGUUCUGAGCCACCUCAUGUUCAAGAAGCAGGGUCUUGCGGAGGGCGACGAUGUCGAGAGCAUUCUCACCCGCACGCAGACCUUCCUCGAAGAGGGUGAUUUGGAUGCUGCUGCUCGUGAAAUGAACGGCCUCGAGGGCUGGGCGAAGACUCUUAGCCGCGACUGGCUCGGAGAGGUUCGCAAGGUGCUGGAGGUGCAACAGGCUCUUGAUGUUAUUGCCACGGAAGCCCGCCUGCAGAGCUUGCGCGUAGACUAA